AUGGAGGGACUUGGCGUCGUGUACGAGCAAGAAGAGCCGACAGCCGUCGAGACGUCGCAGACAGAAGCUUCCAGUCACGAGGUCCGAGACGAUGGGGACAAUGACGAGGACGACGAGGAGGUCCGAGCGCUCUCGAGUAAUCCGGACGAUUUGGAUGGACAACAGGAGGCACGAGGAGCAGCUCCCAAUCAGCAACAACAGCAGCAGCAGUUCCAGCAACAGCAGUCAAGGGACUAUGGGGACUAUGGACAGAGCAGUGGGCAGCACCCGCAGCAGCAGAUGGAGCCGCACGGCGGCUACGACCGGAACGGCAGCGGACCGCAGCCAGGCAAGCUCUUUAUUGGAGGCGUCUCGUGGGAGACGACGGAAGACACGCUGCGGCAGCACUUUGGCAAGUACGGCGUGCUUACGGACGCAGCUUUGAUGAAGGACAAGUACACGGGGCAGCCCCGGGGCUUUGGCUUUGUGACGUUUGCCGAUACUUUAGCUAUUGAUCGGGUGUUGGAGGAGACGCAUACGCUGGACGGGCGGUCGGUUGAAGUGAAGCGUGCGAUUCCAAGGGAGAAGACGGCACCGGGCGCUAGCGAGUUCCGUGGCGGUGGUGGCGGCGGCGGACGCGGAGGAUUCAAUAGUGGCGGCUUUACGGAGCAAAAAAAAAUUUUCGUGGGUGGCCUAGCCCCCACUGUGACCGAGCAGGACUUCCGCCACUACUUCGAGGAGUUUGGGAAGACUACGGAUGCUGUGGUGAUGAUCGACCGCGACACUCAGCGCUCUCGCGGGUUCGGCUUUAUCACUUUCGAAGAAGAGUCGUCGGUAGCAGAAGUGAUCAGUAAGAGCCAUGAAAUUCAUGGCAAGACUGUUGAGAUCAAGCGAGCGGAGCCUAAGGAAGCUCGUAGCGGAGGUGGCGGUAGCAGCUACGGAGGUGGAGGUGGUCGCGGUCGCGGCGGUGGUGGUGGUGGUGGCUGGAGAGGUGGAGGUCGAGGUGGUGGUGGAGGUGGCAGCAGCAGUGGUGGCUAUGGCGGUGGUGGCUAUGCCAGUGGCGGUGGUGGCUAUAGCGGAGCUGGCUAUGGUGGUGGUGGCUAUGGCGGCGGUGGCUAUGGUGGUGGUGGCUAUGGUGGUGGCGGUUAUGGUGCUGCUGCUGCCUACGGAGCUGGCGGGUAUGGAGCUGGUGGGUAUGCAGGAUAUCCGCAGGCGUAUCCUGGCUACGGCUACGGCACGUAUCCGGGUGGUCGUGGUGGCUACGGUGGCUAUGGUGGCUAUGGAGGCUACGGUGGCUAUGGUGAAGGUGGUGGUGCUGCGGCUGGAGGUGCCGACGUCGAUGGUGGCGAAAGUGGCGCUACUGCAGAAGGGGGAGGAUUUGGUGGAGACGGAGCUGCUCAGGGAGGACCUCCUGCUGGCUACGGAUAUGGUGGUGGCUAUCGUCAAGGAGGAGGCCCCGGUGGAGGUCAAGGGGGCUCUGGUGGACGGUCGGACCGAUACCGCCCGUACUAA